AUGUAUAUUACAUAUUUACCUGUUCAGUCAUUGCGACAUAUUUUAUCAAAUUCUACCACCGGCCGAGUCAGUGCGACACGAAACCGUUGGAUUGUUCUUAUUAUUACGAUAAAGCACCACCAUUACCAGCAUUUAUGUGAGUUUUAUUGUAUUUCUGGUUGGGUAUUACUGUCAUGUACUCGUCUACACCAGCUAGUCAUUGAGACAUCGUUGGACGGUGCUCUUCAGUUGCCCGAGAUCGGGAUUGGUGCCAUCAUUGACUGCGUAAGCCCGCCAGCACCCGCCGUGGUGUGCGAGAGGCCGCCCGGGUCUUCGAGUCCAUUCACCGUCGGUUGUCAUUCGUUGCAGCCAUCAUCCACAUCGUCAUCAUCAUCGUAG